UGCCAGACAAGUGUGUGACUCAGACAAACUAUUCCAGGAAGUUGGCUGAUGGUUUCUCGUGUUGAGUUAUUGUGCACUGUGACUAUGUCCUCUUCACAAGUGACUAUGUCCUCUUCACAGGAGAAUACUUAGACACCUGGCCCCAAAUACAGUGAAGAUGGCAUUACCAAAGGCAAUAGGAUGCACAAUUGUUCUUCUGGCUAUAUUCUACAGUCUGGAAAAGCAGGGAUACAUACAAUCUGUGAAAGCCUUCUUUGAGAAUUUGAUGGAUGUAAAGCCAUCAUACAUUGAAUCCAGACAUAAAAGAGCAGCUCAGUCGAAUUUCUCCUCAAAUUCAACCAAUUAUGAAAUCCAAGCUCUUAUAAACAUCUCUGACCAGGAUCUACUUACUCUCAAAAGCAUUUUAAGCACACUUUCUUUUCCUAUAUGGAUUAACAGUUCUGUUGAAGUUACCAGCAUUAACACCACAACAGUGUGUUCACCCAAUGUGACUGGAUUCCAGUGCAGAUGUGAGCCGAACUUUGCUUGGUCAUAUAACAGCUGCAUCGCCAAUGGGGCAUGUGAUGCAAUCAUAGACAACACAUGUGGAUGCAUUGAUGCCCUUCCAGCUGAUGGCCAAUACUGCCAGCUAAACACCACCCAAGCAGAACCAUCUACUACAACAACAACAGCAGUUCCAACAACAACAACAGCAACAGCAGCACCAAUUGUGGACAUCGAUUUAGUUAUUGAUCUGAGUGUCCCAGUCUCCAGUCUACGGCCAGAAGACUUCUUUUCUCUAAUCAGGAGCACACUGAGCAAUUUAAUGUUGCCCCUCAAUAUCACUCAGUCUUUAAAUGUAACCAGCGUGAAUUUCACAACAGAGUGCUAUCCAGACACUACUAACCAAACACUGUGUCAGUGUGAGAGCCAGUUUGCUUGGCCAUGCAGCAAGUGUAAACUCUACGACGCAUGCAGUAAUAACAGCACUGAACCCUGCGGAUGUAAUGAUACGCUUCCAUAUGACGGACAGUUCUGUGUACCAAUCACAAGUGUAAAUAAUUGUAUAAGACCAACUCCAGGGACAACACCAACGCCAAUAACAACACCAACGCCAAUAACAACACCAAUAACUACACCAGCACCAACGCCAAUUACAACACCAACAUCAACGCCAGCACCAAUUGUGGACAUCGAUUUAGUUAUUGAUCUGAGUGUCCCAGUCUCCAGUAUAAAACCAAAGGACUUCUUUAUCCUCAUCAGGAGCACGCUGAGCAAUUUAAUGUUGCCCCUCAAUAUCACUCAGUCUUUAAAUGUAACCAGCGUGAAUUUCACAACAGAGUGCUAUCCAGACACUACUAACCAAACACUGUGUCAGUGUGAGGACCAGUUUGCUUGGCCAUGCAGCAAGUGUAAACUCUACGACGCAUGCAGUAAUAACAGCACUGAACCCUGCGGAUGUAAUGAUACGCUUCCAUAUGACGGACAGUUCUGUGUACCAAUCACAAGUGUCAAUAUUUGUCCAACUCCAGGGACAACGCCAACACCAACGCCAACACCAACACCAACACCAACGCCAACACCAACACCAACGCCAACACCAACACCAACGCCAACACCAACACCAACACCAACACCAACGCCAACACCAACACCAACACCAACGCCAAUAACAACACCAACACCAACAACAAUAACAACACCAACAGCAAUACCAACACCAUCGGCAAUAACAACACCAACGCCAAUAAUAACACCAACAUCAACCCCAGCACCAAUUGUGGACAUCGAUUUAGUUAUUGAUCUGAGUGUCCCAGUCUCCAGUAUAAAACCAAAGGACUUCUUUAACCUCAUCAGGAGCACGCUGAGCAAUUUAAUGUUGCCCUUCAAUAUCACUCAGUCUUUAAAUGUAACCAGCGUGAAUUUCACAACAGAGUGCUAUCCAGACACUACUAACCAAACACUGUGUCAGUGUGAGGACCAGUUUGCUUGGCCAUGCAGCAAGUGUAAACACUAUGACGCAUGCAGUAAUACCAGCACUGAACCCUGCGGAUGUACUGAUGCGAUUCCAGAUGAUGGGCAGUUCUGUGUACCAAUCACAAGUGUCAAUAAUUGUAUAAGACCAAUUACAGAACCACCUACUACACCAACAAAACCACCAACAAAACCACCAACAACAACCACAACGGCACCACCAACAACAACCACAACGGCACCACCAACAACAACCACAACAACAACAGGAACACCACCAGAAGUGAUGAACGCGUCUUUUACCAUGAACUUACCAUUUGAUCCUUCAUACAAUAACCCAAGCAGUACAGUCUACCAAGACGUGAAUAAAUCUAUUCAAACACAAUGUGCAAAUUACAUCUCAAAGCUUGUAAUUGCAAAGAUAAUUACUCUCCGGAGUGGAAGCACCAUUGUGGACUUUAGUAUUAGUGCACCUUCUAUUAGCACUACAGAUAUCAAUUCAGUACAGACUGGGAUUUUUACACAGUUAUCAAGCACAUACCCUUUGAUAUUCAAUGGCCAGUCACUGUCACAGACAGUAUUUUAUGUAUCAGCCCAAGUGACUUGUAUGAUUCCACCAGAGCUUAAAUUUGGUCAACAAUGGUAUUCAACAUGGAGCUAUAACGGCAUCUCAAUUGAUACAAAUACAGGUAGCAGAUACAGCAAUAUAACCGACCCCACUGGAACAGCAACAUUAAAUAUUGCACAAGCCCUCACCAGUGACAGUGGAAUUUAUCAAUGUUUGCUAAUCCAGAAUAAGAUAAAUGGCUCAUCUUUCCUUCAAACUGUUGGUCUCAGUAUCAUUGAGACACCAUUGAUCACAGUUUCACCAGUGAGCGCAAGGCUGCAGUGUGGAAAACCUAUAACACUGAAUUGCUCUGUCAGCUCAGGCUAUCAGGUUAAACUCCUGGGACCUUCAGGUAACCCUACAGUACAAGGAAUACCAUAUUAUAUUACUUUUAAGAUUCCAUUGUUCACAUUGUGUGUGUGUGUGUGUGUGUGUGUGUGUGUGUGUGUGUGUGUGUGUGUGUGUGUGUGUGUGUGUGUGUGUGUAGGUGACGUAUCAAUCCCCUACACCUACACCCCUCCCCCUUCCUCCUCUUCCUGUACAAGCUCUAGGCCUGUGGAUGAAAUUUUCACUUGUCAAGUCUUGAAUUACACACAGUUUUCGUCCAAAAUAACACUGACAUUAUCCACAGACAUUUUUACAUGCUAUAGUCCUGUUUAUGGAUAUGGAAAUACAAACGAUAUUGCUAAAGGCCCAUGCCCAACAAACCAAGUGGGACAAAUAACAGCAAUUUGUGAUGGAAGUGCAUGGAAGGAGCAAAAAUUCAACUGUGUUCUGAAGCCAAUUUUUGACCUACUUGUGCAGUCUCAGACUUUAACUGUCGCUACCCUGCCAGCAUUGCUGAGUAAGCUUAGCACUUUUACUGUCAACUCUACGACGCAAGUGGUUGAAUCUCCAGCCACCAUUAACGCCAUGGUUCAAAUACUCAACAAUGUAGCAAAUACAUCACAGUCAUUAAAUAUUAACAUAACUCUAAAUUCAACAAAGGAUGUCUUAACAACGUCAGGUAUCCUCACCACUGCCCAGAAUUCCUGGAACACUAUAAACAACAAUUUCACAUUUGGAAACAUUAGCUCAUCAACAAACGGCAGCACCGUCUUAAAUAACAGUAUUAGCUCACAGUUCCUACAGUCCCUCGAGACCAUAACAACCAGAAUUAUUAAUGACUCGUUUGAUAUUAACACCACUUACGUUCUCUUUAAGAAAACAACCUUUAACACCUUCUACAGUUCUGAAUUUAAUUCCUCGGUGGACGUAAACAUAUCUGAUGCUAAUGGAGGAAGUCAGUCACUCACUAUUAUAACAUUUUCUUCAAUGAAUAAUGUUCUCCCUGCAAGAAACACGAGUGUGUUCAACUCAACCUCUAACAUCAUCAAUGGGAAAGUGGUACUGGUCCAGUCCAGUGCCACUGUCAGAGAUAUAGCCCUCACGUUUAAUGUUUUAAACAGUAGUUUGAAAAUGCCUCAGUGUGUUUUCUGGAACUUCAGUCUCUUUGAUGGUCUUGGAGGAUGGGACAACACAGGGUGCACCCCAGUCACAACUGACACUGGCCAAUUUGUCACUUGCAACUGUACCCAUCUAACCUCCUUCUCUAUUCUGAUGUCACCAUUCAGUCUGUCUAACCCUGUGUUAGAUUACAUAACCUACAUUGGAGUCGGCAUAUCAAUAGCUUCCUUGGUCAUAUGCCUCAUAAUUGAAGCUGUCAUAUGGAGAAAGAUAAACAAAAACACUACUUCCUACUUGCGUCACGUUUCCAUAGUUAACAUUGCCGUGUCUCUCCUGAUAGCAGACAUUUGGUUCAUUAUUGGGGCAUCGAUUUCAGGCAAAGGAAACAUGUCUGCCUGUAGUGCAGCAACAUUUUUCAUCCAUUAUUUCUAUCUUGCUUUGUUUUUCUGGAUGUUGGCCUCAGCUCUGCUCUUAAUCUACCGCACAAUUAGUGUCUUUGAUGGGGGCUUGUCUAAAGGAUCAAUGUUGGCUAUUGGCUUCUGUCUAGGAUAUGGGGCCCCGCUCAUUAUUGUGAUUAUAACAAUAGCUGUGACUGCACCCAAAAAUCAAUACAUCCAAGAUAAUGGGGUCUGCUGGCUCAACUGGAAUCCGUCCAAGGCUCUACUAGCAUUUGUGAUCCCUGCAUUGACGAUAGUGGUGAUAAACCUAAUCAUCCUACUUGUGGUUGUAUACAAAAUGCUGAGGAGAAGGGCAGUGGGAGGCACCGUACAUGCAGCUGAGAGGCACGCCCUAGUGGUCAUAGCCAGGGCUUUGGCUAUCCUCAUGCCAUUCUUUGGAAUAACCUGGGGUCUUGGAGUUGGAACACUGGUGGCCCCAUAUAACCUGGGAAUCGCCAUUACAUUUGCACUUUUUAAUUCACUGCAGGGUUUCUUCAUAUUGGUGUUCGGAACACUGUUGGACAAAAAGGUGCGGUCAGAAUUAACAGCAAUGUCACAGACCUCCAGUGGUGGAACAGGGAGCACCAGUGCUGGAAACUCAUCAUCAGGCGCAUUGGGCUUCUUGCGGAACUUCAGAAGAAGAGAUGGUUACAACGUGUCAUCUGGCGUCUCAACAUCUCAGUCCUACUCUAACAGUUGAGGAUCUUUGUAAUCAACUUUGGUCAGUUUAAGUGACCAAAAAAGCAAGAAAGCUACUGCAACACUUUUGUUCUUCUUUAUUGCAGCAUUUUAUUUAAAUAUGAAGGCAAAAUAAAACCUUAUGGAUUAUAAUAUUUUAUAAAUGUUAUGUUUUGUAAGUGUAUAUAUGUGUAUGAACAGUUUUUUUUAUUCUGUAUUAUUCUGCAUUUACUGCAACACACUGCAUUUUAAUUUACUUUGAUUUAACAUAUUUAUAUAUUCAUAUGUCCUGUAAAAUGCUGCUGUGUGUGACUGCUGAAUGCCUAAUGCUCAACAGGUCACUUUAGAUAGAAGAUAUAUAUUGAGAGUAUAUGUAAUUUGGCUGUAGCUUUGUUUUACUUUGACAAACAAAUCAGUUCUAUUGGGCAAGGCCGUCUUACACAGAUCAGUGAAUUUGUUUGGUGUGGUUACCUAAUGACAGUUUGGCUUGAAACAAAACUAUGAAUUUCCUGAAGUUUAUUCAGAGUUAUUCAGAGAAAAUAUUUAAAAAAUAUAUCUCUAAUCAAUGUACUGUAAUGCCUCACAGAACUGUCUCACUUAUUGUAUUGUAUUGUAUUGUAUUGUAUUGUAUUAACUCUAAAUUUAAUGAAUUCUGAAUGAAUUUUUACUUUCUUGAGGUCCAGUUACAGUUUUAAAUUUUUGUACUGGAGCUAUUUGGGCAUAGUUUAAUUUUGAGGAGCAUAAAAGUGAACAGGAGUACAGGUUUUAUACUGUAAUAUGAUCUAAAUAUCUUCUAUCUUUUAAUUUAAACCAUUUACCUUACUGUGAAGCCUUUUGGCUAACCUGUUGUUGGAAAGUGAUAUAUAAAUAAAUGUUUCUUUGAUUUCAUCUCUCUGCCAAAGUAGUAAGGAGUGAACUACUGUCCUACUAGGAGUCUUCCAUAAUUUUACAGUAAAUAUUACCUUUCAGUCACAAAUUAAUGUUAAUGGAAACAAUUAAAAUGCAGAGACACUUGACCUAAAUGUAUUUGUAUGUUGUAUCUACUCUCACUAAUAUUGUUUCAUUUGUUAAUAAUCAUUCUUAGUUUAAAUACGCAAUUCACACUGUGAUCAAUGAUCUAUUUGUGAUGAAUAUAAUUAAAAAAGAAUAGAUAUCA